CAUCAAUUCCCGAUAGAGCUUCUUUCCUUCGAUAUUUACUCCGUCAACGAAUCCUCGCCCGUUGUCUCCCCCCGGUCUUUCAACCAUCCCUCAACCCCCAAAGCGCAACAUCGUGAACCUGAACACCAAUCUCGUCAGUUCUCAUCGUUGUUAUCAGCUCCGACUGCUGUAGACCGAAAGCCAAACCCUCGUCCGCUCUUCCCCAAUUUCCAAGAAAAAAAGAUGUCCCAGACUUCCACGAUAGUGACGGCAUCAGUCGCCGCUGCCGUUACCGGCUUGGUUGCCUACGCCGCCUUCUUCGAUUACCAGCGACGCAACAAGGCCGAAUUCCGGAGAGAACUGCGUCGAAACGAGCGCCGACAGCACAAGGCUGAGAAGGAGUCGGCUCAGCAGGAGACCGUCCGCCAGAGGGAAUCCAUCAAGGAGGCCGUCGAUGAGGCCAAGGAGGAGGGAUUCCCUACCGACGUCGAGCAGAAGGAGGCAUACUUCCUCCAGCAGGUUUCCGAGGGAGAGACCCUCUCCGCAGACCCCACGCGCGCCGUUGAAGCCGCGCUUGCGUUCUACAAGGGCCUCAAGGUCUACCCUACGCCUGGUGACCUGAUCGGCAUCUACGACAAGACCGUUCCCAAGCCCGUCCUUGACGUUCUCGCCGAGAUGAUCGCUUACGACUCCUCUCUCAACAUUGGCCAGUACCAGGGUGGCAUCAACGCUGACCUCGGCGGCAUGCCCACCGUCGGCCUGGACUAAAAGAGCCUCGUUCGAACGUUAUAGCUCUCACCAUAACGAGUUCCCCUCCACUCUCUCAUAUCCCCCCAAAACCUGUGGACACACAUUACGGCGCGCUCGCCCCCAAAAAUUCCGCAGUCACUCCACCAAUGGCGUGAUGCUGCAAAUCCACCAUCCCAUACGUAAUCCCCCAGCAUCUUGCGAGAAGAGGAAGGAGGAAUUACGACUUUUCACUGUACAAUACCUGGCCGGCUGGGGCUGUUUUGAUAGAAGGUUUUGUAAGAGGAAAGAAACCAAGUGUAUAUUGACGAUCCUGGCAGGGACAAAUAGGCAAGAAGAUGAAGAUUCACGAAAUUCCACAAUUUCAUAAUGCGUGUGU